ACACCGACUACCGAACUUGUACCGGACGCCCAUAAAUUUCCAGAAGAAGAAUCUACACAGCUCGUGAAUUUUCAAUUCUAAUUUCUUCGAGUUCUAAAUCAUCGCAACAAUGACUACACCAUUGAUAACUGGAAUUGCAGUUGCCGCUGCUGCUUAUGUCAGCAGGUAUGGAAUCCAGGCUUGGCAAGCAUUUAAGGCUAGACCACCUACCGCCAGAAUGCGCAAAUUUUACGAAGGAGGUUUCCAUCCUCAAAUGACAAGAAGGGAAGCAUCUCUUAUUCUUGGAGUCAGGGAAAGUACUCCAAUUGAUAAGGUGAGGGAAGCACAUAGAAGGGUGAUGGUAGCAAACCAUCCAGAUGCUGGCGGGAGCCAUUACCUUGCCUCUAAAAUUAACGAAGCAAAAGAAAUACUUUUAGGGAAGAUCAAAAGCGGUGGGUCUGCAUUUUGAUGUCUGCAAUACAGUACAGUUUUUUCAAGCGUUAGACGAAGAGUUUUAAUAGAGGGAGGCUGUCACAUUCCAAUAUUAUUUUGCCCAAACUUUUCCAGUAAUUAAAACCUUGAGAAUUUAAGGAACUAGAUCUGAUCAAUUGUUUGAGACCCAAUAGUUUUGUAUAUUACUUGGAAAAUAGAACUUGAUCUGUAGAUUUCAGUUUGUUGAAUGUGAGGGACUUUUUCUUGCUCUCUAACUUGAAUGUGUAUUGGAGUGAUGUACACUUAUCAUAAGCAUUGGUACUGUUCUUUGAGAAAUGCCCAUGGACAAAAUC